CCCCCCACAGCCCCCUAAAAGCGGGGUCCCGGCGGGGCGGGGCGGGCAGAGCCGCGGCGAGGAUGGAGAAGAGCAGCUUCGCCAUGGCCAAAUUCGGGUUGGAGCCCAGGGAGGCCAUUCCCAGGCGGGAUUGCGGCUUUUAUGUCAAAUACAUUUUCCUCUUCACCUCGCUGAUCCAAUUCCUGAUCAUCCUGGGGCUCGUCCUCUUCAUGGUGUACGGGAACGCCCAGGGCGGCACCGACACCCACCUGAGGCUGCUGGAGGAGCAGGUGCAGAGCCACUACCGCAGGAUUGUCACCCUGAGCGCCACCAACGCCAACCUGAGCCGCGCCCUCAACGCCACCCUCAAGGACAAGGACAGGCUGCAGGKGCUGGCGCUGAAGGUGCAGCGAGAGCUGGAGAAGUGCAACAGCAGCCAGGCUUCCAGCAGCAGCCCGCAGCUGCAGGAGCUCGUGUACCUGCAGGUGAGAUUGGCCGAGUGCCACAUGACCACCACCCUCAUCAACACCUCCUGCAGCGCCGAGAAGCUCCAACUGCAGAGGCAGCUGGACCAGACCACCUUAUCCAAGAAAAGCCUGGAAGAAACCGGCCAGAAAACCGAGGCCAUGCUGGCCAAAGCCACCCAGGAGAGGGACAGGUGCCAGCAGGACCUGCAGAGCGCCAGGACCGAGGGCGACUUAAGCCGCACAGAGCUGGGGCUGCAGAGACACGAGUGCCGCUCCCUCAAGGACGACAUCAGCGACAAACUCCAGAGGGUGACGGAGCUGGCCAAGCUCUCCCGGUGCGGGGAGGCCGAGGAUGAGCUGAGGCAGAUCCGGGAUCGCACGGAGGGGCUUUUCCGAUGGCAGCAGGAUCGGGAUUCCCGCUACGUCCGGAAAAACGCCUGCGAGCUGAGCGUGCAGCAGUGCCACAUCAACUGCUCCAGGGAGAUGCAGGAGCUGGAGAAGAGGAUCCAGGCGCUGGAAAAGCGGGAGAAGGAUGGGAAGGAGGAGAGGGCGAGGCUGGARGCAAACAAAGAGAAGCUCGGGAAGGAGCUGGAGGAGGCGAGGAGGGCGGCGGCGGUGCAGGCGGAGUCACUGAGGGAGCAGCUCCGGCUCUGCAUGGGCGCCCAGAUGCCCCAUCUGGACCGGCCGAACUUGCAGGUGUCAGGCAGCGCCGGCCGCUCGGGCUCCUUCCCUGGCACGGGCUCCUUCCUGGACUUCCUGAGGAACCCAGCGACCUUGAGCACCAUGGGGAAGAAGAACCUGGAGGAGCUCCAGCGGAUGCUGCAGAUGAUGGAGCAGUACACGGCCACCCUGAAGAACUCCAGCGGAUAACGCCGGAGCAGCCCUUGGAAAAGCAGGAGCCGCCCAGGAAGUGCUUCCCGCACGGAUGGCAAACCCCGCCCGAGGGCCACCCUCCCUUCGUCCCCGUGUCCCUAACCCCCACCCCGCGUGGAUCCAUCUCCCCUCAGAUGGAUCCCCGCGUUUGGCUGGAGCAGAACAGCCGGCCCCGAGUUCGGGCACAACUCGCUGCACGUGUGGAUGGAAAUC